AUGGCUAUGUACUUCGAAAAGUUUCUCGGUAAAGGUUCUUAUGGUUCCGUGAGUUUAUUCAGAGGAGAACGCGACGGGAAGACAGUUUUGACCGCCCUGAAAACCUCCGAAGAUGAUCACGCGGAGGCUCUCUUCAGAGAGUUUAAAAUCCUGUCUGAAUUCAAAGGAUGUUCGAGAAUCGUCCAGUGCUAUUGGGACAGUGUGCACGAAGAGAUGUUCGUCAACUACGCACGUGACUCAGAGUACACGAUCGCAAUGGAGUACGCAGCUGGAGGAAGCUUGAAGAGUUUCAUGAAGAGCUUUAAAGACAACAAGUUGCCUGAUUAUAUCAUCAGGAAGUUUACUCUUAUGCUUCUCGAAGGUUUAGCCACGAUCCACGGACACGGCUAUGUCCACUGCGAUCUCAAACCAGACAACAUCCUCGUUUUUCCGAGCUGUGUCAGCAAGAACGGCUGCCGGAGAACCUCUUACGAGUUGAAGAUUUCUGAUUUCGGAUUGUCGAGAAGAGAUGGCGACAAUAGCUGGUGGCCUCGCCGUCGGUAUGCCGGAACACCGAUCUAUAUGUCGCCGGAAUCGGUUUCUCACGGCGAGACAGGGAAAGGGCUCGAUCUGUGGUCGUUGGGAUGUGUUGUGUUGGAGAUGUACACUGGAAAGAAACCUUGGUGGCAUACAAACUAUGACUUGAAGAAUCUCAAGAAGUGUUACGAGCCACUGAUUCCGAGUGAUCUUCCUUUUGAUGCAAAGCUCUUUCUCAUGACUUGCUUCGCGCCUGACCCACAUGAGAGAGAAGACGCAUCGACAUUGUUGAGGCAUCGCUUCUUGGGUGGAGACUUUGUUAAGAUCACAGAGCUUCCUGUGAACGCUGAUAACCAGAGAAAAAUCACUCUCGAAGUGAAGAAGUAUUUUAGACAAAAGCUUACGGAGAUUAAGAGUAUUCGUGUAGCUGAAGUCAUGCCUAGCAGGACUAUCAAGGCCUAA